CUCCGAGUCCCAACUUCCAGUCUGGCCGGGCGCGACCAGCGACGCGCACUGCUAUUUUGCGCGCACGCAGCCGCUGUACGUUCGGUAACCGAAUGACAUCCGAUCACCUCAAGUUUUUCUGUGACAGAUAGUGUUGUGCUCGUAUUUAUCCAAGUUUUUGAUAAGUUUCGUUAUGAAAGUAGGUCAUAUUCUUCAGUGAAGUAUGAGGACAUGAGAUGAGUAUUAGUGAUUUCGUAAAGUGAUGGUGUUUGUAAGCGAUGCCAGACUGGCGAUACAACGUGCUGUCCACGAGCGAGGCGUUUAUAGAUGCCGAGGGGGCUCCACCUCGCGACCCCUUCGCCGCCAGCUAUCCUCGUCGUGCAGACCGCUCUCGACCUCCGCAUACCUGUCCGUAUACAACAAUCUUCCACGGAGCCCGCUCUCAUGUUCCGUAUCGCCUGCCGCCUUUACAUAGCGACCCCGGAGAUCCCUACGCAGAUGUAUAUUCCGUAGAUCGAUCUUCCAAUUUGACGGACACCUCAAGUUUUGCUCGGUAUGAAGACUGUCGUUCCCCCGUAGAAAGUAUCCAAUCACAUACGAAAGAGCGCAACCACCCCAGUGAAAGAUUGGAUAGCAGUGUUGGAGUUCAAAUACAAAAAGUGCCAUAUGCUUCCAAUGUAUUUUUCAUAUCAACGCAAACAGAAGCAGUUCAGCGAGAUGUUAACGGGGCCAAUCUAUUUGUUGUCGAGGGGUCGGAGUCAGAUGCAUUGUCAUCGUGUACUUGUGACAGUUUUGAGCGAUGCGAGUUUGACUGUAGAGAUUUUGAACCUUUCUCUGAUACCUGUUGCUGUGAUCCUCUCAGCGAUGGUGUGUGUAGUCGCAGUCCGAAAGAAGUCGAAUCGCCAGAGAAUUUUUGUGAUACAAUAGUAGAAGAAGACCGUGUUUCAACACGAAGUGAUAUGGAUGGCUUAGAUUUGACAUUAUUUGAGCCAGCCCAAUCUGAUCCUGUGGGAUGUGAAGACAAUUCAGCUGAUCAAAAUACCAACCCAGUCUCUGCAGCUUUAUGUGGAAUUUUGUACGCACUUCCUGAUAGUUGUGAUACAGCUUCAAGUGCCACCAGCGGUGCGACAUUGGGAGUGCCACCCUCUUGGGAGCCCUUCUAUUGCGUAUUGCAGCAAGACCGACGCACGCUCACUGCCUAUACUAGCGAGGAACUUGCUUCUUUCCCAGGAUUUUACAUCGAUAAGGCGUCCAAUAACAAUGGUGAAUAUGCGACACGAAGUUUACCGCGAGUACGGAUAGAUGGCGGCCCUCAAGCGGGUAACCCUGGGGUGAGACUUCGUUGUUGGGCAGCACCACCGUCGAUCACAGAAGAAGAAGCGGAAGACGAAGUAGAAGAUGAUGCAGUGUCGUUGAGAGCCCUACCAGUUCAAGGCAAGUGA